AUGGACUCUAUCAUCGAUCAGAUUCGUACCCUGGCCGGCACGGCUGAUGAGCCAGGUCGCACCAGCAUUUAUAAUGAUCUCCGCUCCCUCCUGCCGGAACUUCAGAGCCCGAUGGAUAUGAUCAUGGAUCUUUUUAACUCUCACCUCAGAGUUUCUGUCAUCAUGCUUGGAAUGAAUGCUGGCCUUUUCCGGAAAUUGGCUGUGGACGACCGCGUAUGGACAGCAUCGGGACUGGCAAAGGAUCUGAGGGUUGACCUGCGGCUUCUGGAACGCAUUCUUCGUUACCUUGCAGCAAAUGGUAUCAUCGAAGAGACGACUGUGGGACAAUUCCGAGCCAAGCGAACAACCAUGAUGCUUGCCGAUGAGCGUUCGGAAGCAUUCGUACUCUACGCAUUCGAAACCUGUGGGCCAGCCAGUCAAGCAUCUCCGGCGUUCUUCGCAGAAAAUAACUACUAUGAUAUUACAAAUAACAAAAUCACCCCAUUUCAAACAGCCUUUCAAACAGACCUCACCUGUUUUGAGUGGUUAUCCAAGCAUCCAAAGCUGUUUAAUUCUUUACAACAAGUCAUGACCAGUCUUCAGUCCGCGAACUGGCUUUCGGAUUUCGACCUCUUCCACCAAGAAGCGGAUCGCGUUGCUCCAAACCCAGUGCAUCCUGGAGAGCCUUUCUUCGUCGAUGUCGGCGGUGGCCAUGGCCACCAGUGUAUUCAACUCAGGGACAAGUAUCCCUAUCUCCGAGGACGCCUUGUGCUGCAGGACCUGCCCGAAGCGGUCGACCACCUUCCUCCCCUGGACGGUAUCCAGGUUAUGGCUCACGACAUUUUUCAGCCACAGACCAUGAAGACAGGAGCAAAGUUCUACUACCUGCGACGGAUCCUUCACGACUACCCGGAUUCUCAAUGCGCCCAUAUCCUUCAACACCUGGCCACUGCCAUGGGGCCUGACUCGAGAAUCCUCGUGGACGAGAUGCUGCUACCAGAUGUGAAUGCAUCAUGGCAAGCGACCCUGGCUGAUAUAUCACUGAUGAUCUCACUUGGUGGUAAGGAGCGAACCAAGAAGCAAUGGACGGAGCUGGCCGAGCGUGUAGGACUACGCAUUGAGGAGAUACACACCUACGAUCUGGAGUCCAAGACGUCUAUAAUUGUGCUUCGGCACUAA